GCUUUUUUUGGCACUUUAGUGGGUUAAGCAGGAAAUUUAGAAGCAAAGUCACCAACCCCACCAUUUGAUUUCUUCUCCUCUACUUUUUCACCCAGUUGACAAUGUCUGCUACUGCUAGUAUGAUCAACCCACAGCACAAGAAAAAAAAGAAGACGAGAAAGAACACAAGCCAAGGACCUGGACUUUUCUCUGGAUUCGGCAAGGCAGCCCAGGGUGUGCUUACAAAGGGCUAUAAACAGGAUUGGCUAUUUUGCAUCUCGACCCCCAGAUAUGAUCGAUGGGUAAAUGCUGAUCUUACCUUUUGAUUCGUAUGACAUCAUUCUCCUUAGUUUCAAUUUUCCAGUGAAACUGAGAGUAUCCUCUACAUUGCUUUCAGAAUUAUACUUCAACUGCACUGAAACAAGAAAGUGGUUCAAUAAUGGGGGUUACAGCAACAUAUGAGUACGAUGAUAACACAACAAUCCACAUAAACCUUGACACAAAAUCACUUGUGAGUUUGGUUUGCUUUCAGGUGCUGCAAUUGAAUUAGAAAUUUAGAAUGCCUGCACUAAUCAGGAUUUUGAGCUUCUGCUUUUUACUUCUUUGAAUGGCAGAUCUCAACAACUUCCACUUUUGGUAUUAAGUUUCCGCCAUUCACAAAUGUUACAGCUUCACUGAGCCUACCUGAUUACAAUUCUAGCAAGCUGAAGAUCCAGUCUCAACGCUUUAGUAGCAAUUCAGCUUUAGCCAUGUUUCUCUCUCUAGACCAAUCCCCUGCAGUUAAACUUUCAGCAACAGUUGGAUCUCCAGGCCUUGCAUUCGGCGCAGAGACAAAAUACAAUAUUUCUACUGAUUCAUUCACCAAAUUUAAUGCGGGAAUUAGCAUGAUGAAGCCUGAUUGCAAUGCUUCAAUAAUUAUGUAUGUCAUCAUGCUUAAAUCACAAACAACAUGAAUAAAUCAAAAUAUAAACUGCAUUUCAGGUAUAUCGAUUGCAAUGCUUAGAUAUUUCUCUAUGUCAUCAUGCUUAAUUCACAAACAAGAAUAAAUCAAAAUAUAAAUUGCUCUUCAGGUAUAUAUUCAGCAUAGAUGCUCCAGAUCAUGGUAUUGGAUCUUGAACCGAUGGUGUCUAUUAACUAUUUUGAUGUUUAACAAGUUCGUAAUCUAUAAAGAAUACCUGAUUUGCAUUAAAAAUCUAAUAAUCAAACUCAAAUAUCAUUCUUCAAGUUUGUUGCCUUGCAGAACAGUUAAAUGUUAUGUGUGUUACUUUGAUCAGUCAAGGGAGAUUUCCAAGAAUGUCAAAUGAUCUUAACUCAAAGACUUUCUUUUUGUAAAAUUUUCAGGGCAGAUUUCUGUGACCACCCAAGAGCGUCAUACAUGCAAUACUUUGAUCAGUCAAGGAAGACUGCUGCUGUUGUAGAGAUCGGCAGGAAGUUUUCUGAGAGCAAAAAUACCUUCACAGUUGGAGUAUCACGCAUUGUGGAUGAUGUAAAAGUGAAGGCAAAGCUUGACAAUGAAGGAAAGCUCGGGACUCUCCUCCAGUAUAAAUUCAAACCCAAGUCAUACCUAAGAAUCUGUGGUGAGUUUGACACUAUAGCUCCCCCAAGAAUCGGAUUAGCUGUUGUUCUCAAGCUCCCCCAAGACUAGGAUUAGCUCUUAGUGGCAGUAAUGGUGCAGGAGAGAAAGGGUUCUGGAUACCCUUAAAGGUCCCUCCUUGUUUAUGUGCAACUAAGGACUGAAGACACUGAAUUUCCUUUGUAUCAAUAUGUAACUUGUCUAAAUUCAGAAUUCCUACCUUAUCUUUACAUAUUGA